UCACCGUGGCCCUCCAAGAUACAAGAAUGCUGUGGUCCGCGCCAUCUUCCUCUUCUUCUUCGUCCUCGUCGGUAUCUUCUUUUAGGGCUUGGGAAUCCCUCUCUUUCCCCUGCUCUAAACCCCAUUCAGCAUUUCCGAAGCCCAGUAUCAUCUUCUUGAACCCUAAUCCCGAACGCUUCUCCGUCUUAUCCUCCUCUUCUCCUCAUCCUCCUUCUCCGCUCGUUGCUAGCACUACUCUUCCUUCGUCGACCGCUCCGGUGUUGAAGAAGCGGAAGAGGUACCGCAAGCCCUACCCCGGGGAGAGCGAGGGCAUCGUUCAGGAGAUGAGGUUCGUCGCCAUGAGGCUUCGCAACGACGCUGGCAGCGGAGAAGAGAAAGAGGAGGAGCAGGCCGGCGGCGGUUGGGAGACAUGGCAGCCGAGCAUGGAAGGCUUCCUCAAGUAUUUGGUCGACAGCAAGCUGGUGUUCGAGACUAUCGAGCGUAUUGUGGACGAGUCCACCGAUGUCGCCCAUGUUUAUUUCAGAAAUACUGGUCUUGAGCGGGCUGCUAGUCUUUCAAAAGACUUAGAGUGGUUCAGUCAAAGAGAUAUUAUGAUUCCAAAACCAAGUGGACAGAGGAUAGGUAAAAAGGUUUGUGACAUGCUUUUGGAAGGAAGGGAACUUGAGUUCUACAAAUGGGACAGUGAUGUUCAUGAAUUGUUGAAAGGCACGAGGGAGAAUCUCAACAACCUAGGAGAACAUUGGACCCGAGAUGAAAAGAAUACCUGUCUAAGGGAAGCAGCUAAGUCAUUCCGGUAUUUGGGGCAAAUUGUGCGCUUGAUCAUUUUGUAACUUCCUUUUAUAUUCUAUUUUAUGCGGCUUAAAAUUUUCCAUACUAAGCAGUGCUGCUUUGAAAGAGGGAGAUCAGUGGUCUUAUUGAUUGUCUCAUUGUAAUUUGUAAUUUAUGUUGAUAUUGGAAAAUGAAGCUGUAUAAGGUUUCUUGCA